UUUACUGUGUGUUAGUAAGUAAAGCUGCAGUUUAUUACUCACCACCAGAGCUUGUGACUCCUCAACCAGAAAUGAUAUCUACCAAUGUAAAGACAUACAUAAUGGCCCAGGCACAGAUACAACAACAUCAGCAACAACAACAGCAACAACAACAACAACAACAACAGCAGCAGCAGCAGCAGCAGCAGCAGCAGCAGCAGCAACAGCAACAACAACAACAACAGCAACAACAACAACAGCAACAGCAACAAAAAGUGAACCCACCUGCUGACUUUGGGCCAGACAGUGGGGGAAGAAUAAAGGGUUUAACAAUUGUGAAGCCUCUGGUGUACGGGAAUGUGGCAAGAUACUUUGGUAAGAAGAGGGAGGAAGACGGACACACUCAUGAAUGGACAGUGUAUGUUAAACCAUAUAACAAUGAGGACAUGUCUACAUAUGUUAAGAAGAUCCACUUCAAGUUACAUGAGAGUUAUGCUAACCAGAAUCGAGUACUAACAAAGCCACCCUAUGAAGUAACUGAAACAGGUUGGGGAGAAUUUGAAAUUGUAAUCAAGAUAUUUUUCCAUGACCCCAAUGAAAGGCCGGUCACCAUCUAUCACAUCCUGAAAUUGUUUCAGUCGCCACCUGGAACCACUCCAGCUGCAGUGCCAAAUGACUUCAAAAAGCCUCUAGUGUCUGAGUUCUAUGAAGAGCUUAUAUUCCAAGAUCCUUCAGCUAUGAUGAGGCAGUUGCUCACCAAUACAAGACAACUCACUCUGGGGGAAUAUAAACAUGACACGGACUUUGAAGAAAAGAAAGAAAAGACUCUGAAGAAUUUGUUAAUUGCCAAGGAAAAGAUAGCUAAUGAAAUAUUGGACCUUCGAGAGAAGAUAAAACUUGCCAAGGACACCAUAACUAAGUUUAAAGAUGAGAUUAACAAGUCCCAAGCAGAUGUACCUGUAGAUGUUUCAGGAUUAUCAUAGAAUUACUAACGUUGUGUGCAGUGGUACAUGCCAUGGUAAUAUUGCAUCUGUCAUGCACAUUCUCAGCCUAGAAGUACCUUUGAAUAACCAAUUUCAUUUAUUAAAACCUGUAACCAACAAAAAAGUUAAAAACCUCAUGUCUAAAGACAGCAUAAGUAGUGCAUCAAAGUACUGUACCUUUACAAUUUCAGUGGAACAAUUCAAUAAUUGGGAAGUUGUGACAGUCUUUUGGGUGACUUAUGAUCACUGCCAAGGAAUGUGUGAAGUACCUAAACCUUUUCAUAAGAUACCAGUAGUAAGUAAAUAAAUCGACAUACCUUGUCUGUCAAGAAAUAAUAAUUUGUAGAUCUGUGAUCCACAUUUUCCAUCAUGAUUAAUUUGUGAAUGCUCUGCACAUGCUGUGGAUAUUUAAGGCCUUCAGAAACGUAAUUUUGUGUCAGGAAAACAUUCGUCUCCCGCCCACAGUUUAGUAACACUCAACUCAAGUCACUAAUCAAGACCACUCAUGGUUCAGUUCACUCACCGGUUCAGUUCACUCACCAUGGAAAUUGCAUAGCUAUGAGACAAGAGUGAGGCAAGAGAUGAUUACAGUGAUAUGAGUUAAGAUACUGUACAGUCAUGAACUAUAGGAAAUUCCCCCAAAUUUAAGCAGUCUUUUUUGUACUCACUCUUUUAGGCACGACUCUGAUUUACAAACUCACCCAUGAAAGGGUUAAGGAUGUCAAAGUAGUUUAAUGUUGAGAUUGGUUUGUAAUUAGAUAUUUGCAAGGAAUAGUUUACCUAAGGAGAUGAUGAAAAAUAUGAAUGAGAAUAGUGAAAACUAUUUAUAUUACAUAGCUACUGUAUAUAUUUACCAAGUAAUUUAGGUUUUAUCAUACAUUUAAUGAUAUUUUAAGCAAUUGAUAUGAAUAUUAUUUACAGUUUACAGAAAAGGUAAAGCAUGCCCUUACAAUUCGCGGCCUUUGAUUGUUCGCGGAUGACACCCUGGAUGUAUCCAAGGAUGUCUGCAGGUAGUUUUCAAGUUGGCAACAUUUUCACGGCUGGGACAGGGAGCCUGCGAGUUUUUUACGUUCCGUAAGGUGUCUCUCUUGUCCCAGGUGGCUAGGCCAUGUGCGUUCACUCUGCCUCGUGACAGUCCGGGUUAAAUACUUGUCCUUUGCACGUGUGCUACUCUGUUCUCUUAACAUCAGUGCUCCUUGUGCUUGUAACGACUCCUAAACGCCCUCUAUCACCUUCAUCCUGCUUUGGGAAGGUCCCCAAACAAGUGAAAAGAGAAAAGGUCGUGUAUUUCUCCCAUACGUACGCCUGGCAACGGGAGCGGGUAAGGGGAGUGAGUGACUGCCAGUUAGCUCGUCAUUUGCAGUUGUAACUAUCCUCACUCCCUGCCAUAUUUCACUGUUUACUGAUAGACUAGUGCUUAAUAGUGAUUAAUCUUGGCAUUGUAGCUAGGUUAGCUCAUCAUUGUAACCACCAGGCUACUGAGCCAAGCUGUGAGGUGUUA